AAUCCGGCGCUGAAGUGAAGCUAUUCAGGUCUGUGCUGUGGUCGGAGCGAAUAAACCAGUGAUGAUGUCUUCCCCGUGCAUGUGCGCCCACAAUUUCAUCCCCUGAGACGGAAACGAUCGGUACUCACAGAUUUUUGGUGAUAAUGAAGAAAUAAACUCCUUUCUAACAUCUCAAUCUUCACAGACUCUUAAUAACCCCCACAAAGCCCUACAAACCGCCACAGUUUAUUAAAAGGUGACUUUUGCGAGUCGCAGUCUCUGCCCGUCAUCCAGAAACAGAAGUAAAAAAAAGACGUUCCACUGCCCUCGCUUUUGUUUGCUUUAUCAAAUGCCCAAAAACAGCAAGGCCGUCAAGAGAGAGCUUGACGAUGAUGUCACAGAGUCUAUCAAGGACCUGCUUUCCAACGAGGAUGCCUGCGACGAUUCCUUCAAGAAGAGCUCGCUGAUUGUCGACAGCCCUGAGGGGGAAGGCAAGGAGUGUGAUGUGGAGGAAGGAGGCUCUGACGGUGAGGAGGAGGAGCGCCCGGCCUGGAACAGCAAGCUCCAGUACAUCCUUGCCCAAGUAGGCUUCUCUGUAGGCCUGGGCAAUGUCUGGAGGUUCCCCUACCUGUGUCAAAAGAACGGAGGAGGAGCAUAUCUGGUGCCCUAUCUGAUCUUGCUCAUAUUGAUCGGCAUCCCGCUGUUCUUCCUGGAGCUCGCAGUGGGUCAGCGUAUCCGCAGGGGCAGCAUUGGAGUGUGGAACUACAUAAGCCCUCGGCUGGGGGGCAUCGGCUUUGCGAGCUGUGUGGUGUGCUUCUUUGUGGCUCUCUACUACAAUGUCAUCAUCAGCUGGAGUUUCUUCUACUUCUCUCAGUCCUUUCAGCAGCCUCUGCCAUGGCAUGAAUGCCCACUCAUCAAGAACAAGACCAGUACAUGCGUGGUGCCAGAGUGUCUAAAGAGCUCAGCCACCACUUACUACUGGUACCGCGAGGCUCUGAACAUCUCCAACAGCAUCUCAGAGGGAGGAGGACUCAACUGGAAGAUGACGGUAUGCCUGCUGGCUGCCUGGUCCAUGGUUUGCCUCGCCAUGAUUAAGGGAAUCCAGUCUUCUGGAAAGGUGAUGUACUUCAGCUCCUUGUUUCCAUAUGUUGUCCUGAUUUGCUUUCUGGUUCGGGCGUUACUCCUGAAGGGCUCUGUGGAUGGGAUUCGUCACAUGUUCACACCCAAGGCGGUCCAAGGUACAGGCUUGGCCUUCAUUGCCUUCACAGAAGCUAUGACCCAUUUCCCUGCCUCUCCCUUCUGGUCCGUCAUGUUCUUCCUCAUGCUGAUUAACCUUGGCCUCGGCAGCAUGUUCGGAACCAUCGAGGGGAUCCUCACGCCGCUGAUUGAUACUUUUAAAGUCCGCAAGGAGUUUCUAACAGUGGGAUGCUGCGUGUUAGCCUUCUCCAUUGGCCUCCUGUUUGUCCAGCGCUCAGGGAACUACUUUGUGACGAUGUUCGACGAUUAUUCAGCCACUUUGCCUCUGCUCAUCGUUGUUGUCCUGGAAAAUGUGGCCAUUGCUUGGUUCUAUGGGAUUGAUAAAUUCUUUGAAGACCUGAAAGACAUGCUGGGCUUCACUCCGUAUCGGUUCUACUAUUACAUGUGGAAGUACAUCACCCCCAUCCUGCUGAUGGUCCUCCUGUGCUCCAGCUUCAUCCAGCUGACCAUGACGCCGCCCAGCUACAGCGCAUGGAUAGAGGAAGAGGCCAUAGAGAGAACCCUUCGCUUCCCUCCGUGGGGCAUUGCAGUCUGCAUCACCUUGAUGGUGGUUGCCAUCAUGCCCGUUCCUGUGGUCUUCUGUCUGCGCUACUUCCACAUUGUCGACGAGAACAACAGCGGCCUCUCCUCCGUCUCCUACAAGAAGGGUCGCGUCAUCAAGGAGAGUCCCCAGCCAGAGGAGGACGACGACGCCAGCCUGAUCCACGCCAAGUCUCCCAGCGAGGCGCCCUCGCCGAUGCCUGGCAAGAGCAUCUACCGCAAGCAGAGCAGCAGCGGAGGCACUGAUGCAAACGCGGCACCCAACGGUCGAUAUGGCAUUGGGUACCUGAUGGCCGACAUGCCGGACAUGCCUGAGUCGGACUUAUAGACUAUAAUAGCAAACCCUGCUCAGCCAUCCCUCCUCCGUCAUCCUUUCUGUGUGCUUUAAGACAUCCGUAUCAUCGUUGUAAAUUCCUUUUGCAAUGUUUUGUUAAAUUUCUUUGUAGAUAGCGUAGCUGCUUUGUUACUUCUUGUCUCUGAAACUUAUGUGACUGUAUACCUUAAAAACAAAGGAUGGGAGUAAGUACCGUCCUUGCCCAACCCUCAACUAAUUUGUUCUAGUACACCCCAAGCUUUCCUUCCUUCCAGGCUUUGCCCCCACCUCCCUGGAAAUCCUGCUGGAGAGAAUGCUAUGAUGUUGAUGCUCCAACAGGUCUACUUGAAGAAGGGCCUGUCAUGGAGCAGGUCAGAAAAACCUGUCUUUUGGAGCUGUUAGCAGUAUUACCCAAGUCCCUUACUGUGAAAUAAUCAUGUAAAUUCUAAUUCUAACAGACAAACAAACCAAUAAGUAUUGAGCUCAAUCAUGAUGCAAGAUUAAAUGUUAUUUUUGGCCAAAGUUCAAGUCAGCUUUACUGAAACAGCUAGAGGGUUUUUGAAUUCCUGCUCCCAUGAUGUCUGAGACAAAAGUGUGCCUAAGUCAUUUAUAUUUGUUUAUAGAAUACAUGUUGUAAAUUUAAAGUAUUCUUUAAAUACAAUAUAAAUAUAUAUAUUUAUCGUCAUAAUUUGGAUAUGAAAGCAGUGUUUUUAAGGUUCAGAAAUACUUCGAAUCCCUAACUCAUGAAAUUGUUGUUUAUUUUUUAAACUAAUGUCCUGUCUGUCAUUGAUUACACAUUAAUUUUGUAAAUAUUUUUUCCAUAAAAUGGCUUCAAAUGCUGUGUCAAGAUUAAAGAUCAAAAGU